AUGGUAGCGAAGAAGUUUCAGUACCCUAUCGUUGACGUCUGGGCAAAUCCUCCUGGUGCAGCAAUCCCAGAAGUUGCGCGGCUUCUUGCACAAAGUCAUUCAGACCCUGGAACCACUAAUCAGAAGCGUUCACCCAAGGAUGUGAUUACCCUGAUGGACGAAGCGGGUGUCUCGCACAUCUGCAUGUCGGCCUGGAGCCGGGCUGGGGAAACAAUCUUCUCAAAUGCGGAGGUCACAGAAUAUACUCGGGCCUAUCCAGAUCGAAUCUUCGGUCUAGCUGCUGUGGAUCUACAUGACCCUGUGAGCGCGGUCAAGGAGCUAGAGCACUACGUGAAGGUCGAAGGCUUCGUGGGUUUGAGAGUCGUUCCUUGGUUGUGGAACCUUCCCCCAACCGACGCACAUUACUGGCCUCUUUUCGUAAAAUGCAUCGAGCUUGACAUUCCUUUCCUCACGCAAGUUGGCCAUACGGGACCGUUGUGUCCAAGCGAGGUUGGUCGACCGAUCCCAUACAUCGAUGCAAUCGCACUCAAAUUCCCCGACCUCAGGAUCAUCAUGGGGCAUAUGGGGUAUCCUUGGGUGGCGGAGACUGUGGCAGUAGCAUGGAAGCAUCAAAAUGUGUAUAUUGACACAAGCGCAUGGUCGCCAAAAUACUAUGCAUCGGAAUUGAUCAGAUUUGCUAAUACGACUGGACGGGAAAAGGUCAUGUUCGGAACCAAUUUCCCACAGCUGGGAUGGAAGACGUGUGUUGACAAUGUCAACGAGUAUCUAGUGGGCACUAAAGACGGAUUUAAAAGCAAGGUUGUGCAGGAUUUCAUGGGUGGAAACGCGAUUCGUGUAUUGAAACUGCCUUCUGUCAAUUUGGGAAAUCUCAAAUCUAACCUCUGA